UGUCAUCGCCGAUGCGCAUACUAUCUCCAUCUUGUUUAUCGCCUGCCCUGCGAGAAAAUUCCGCGUCCGGGAAGUAGCUGCUGAAAGUGCGGUGGCCGAAUCAGCAGACGGAAGGUCAGAAAAUAAUACGGCAAACAGCAGAAGCAGCCAAAUACCAAAUAGUAAUCAAAAUAGACGAAACAAAAAAACAUCACAAACAACAAUGCGAAGCGAAUUUGAUAACGCGCGGUUCAUCUGCGCCUACAAGAGGAACGCGAUCCUGUGGAACAUCAACCAUGAGCACUACAAGAGCAAGGCCAAGAGGGAGGUCGCCUACCGGGACAUUAUGCUGGAGAUGGACAUGGGCACGAUCGACGAGGUCAAGAAGAAGAUCAAGUCGUUGAGGGACACCUACAAUGCGGAGAAGCAGAGGAUGAUCAAGAGCCGGAGGUCCGGAGCGCCCUCGGACGAGAAGUACCAAACCAAACUGUCCUGGUAUCCGCUGCUGGACGAGAUCCUUGGAAGCAAGAUGCAACCGAUCGAGGACGAAUCCGUUAUGCACACCGAUACAACGUCAACCGAACGGAAGGUUGUAAUAGAGGAAAUUAUUCUACACGAUGAUCACGCUGAACAUCUUGAGGAAGAAAUAGUAACCGAAGAACGAUCGACAAUCCAGUGGAUGCACCAGCAACUGAACGAGACGCCCGAAGUCUCCCACGAACCCAACAACAAAGUCCACCCGUUGAUGAUCGCCCCAAACAAACGGAGAAAAUCCCAAGCCAGACUCGGCCAAGUCGAAGUCAACGGUCACGAGUCGACGUAUCCUUUUUUCAGCGCAGCAAGUGUGGCUCCGGUUACACCAAGAAGAUCUUCAUCUGGUGCUGCUGCAGCCACCGUUUCGGCGUCGGCAUCCGAGGAUGAGUACCACUUUUUUGGCCUCAGCAUGGCCAGCCAGUUGAGGGCGCUGCCGCGUCUCAAUGCCAUUAUACUGCAGGAAAAGAUUCAAUCACUGAUCGCCCGGGAACGCAUCGAGUACGAGCAUUCGCUGAUGAAGGACUAGCAUUAAGAUUAUUGUUUCCCUAAGGGCUUAGAUGUGUAAGAAUAAAAUAUAAGAUUUUGUAUCGAAUGUUCCGACCGAAUGAUUGUUUAAGCUGAUAAAAUUCGUAUUUUUAGGAUACGUUGUUUUGUAAACUUUUAAGAUGAAUUGAAUACAAAUUAUUUCAUGUAAUGUUAAUAACGACAGUUUGACACGAUUCAACUGUCUGUUUCUUCAUUUCUGUAAAAAUAAAAUAUUAUAACUCAAACA